UUUUUUUCUUUUUUCCAGAGUGAGGAACGAGAGUCGGUUUCUGGGAACCCAGAAGGACCUGCUGUGAAACGAAAGAUAGCAUCGUCAGGAUCUGAAGUGAAGCAAAGGAGAAAAUCACCAAGUAACAGCUUAAAACGUCCGCAACCCACAUCUGACAGAUCUGAUGAAAAUUUUGCGGGACCUGCUAUGAAGCAAAAGAGAGAAUCGCCAGGUAGCAGUGCAAAACGCCCUAAACUAACGCGACCUGCUGUGAAGCGAAAGAGAGUAUCGUCAAGUAGCAGUGCAAAACCUCCUAAACUCACACGAUCUGAAGUGAAGCAAAGGAGAGAUUCACCAUGUACUAGCUUAAAACGUCCGCAACCCACAUCUGACAGACCUGAAACUUUUGCGGGACCUGCUGUGAAGCGAAAGAGAAAAUUGCCAGGUAGCAGUGUAAAACUACCUAUACUCACACUUACAGUUAAAGAAGGCGCACCGGAAAACGACGACGAAAUUGCGAAUAAGGAAAGCUCUUUCAAAGAAGGCAAACCUAAUGACCUUGCACUUAAUGAGCUGGCAAGCAAGAUUGCUGCAAAGUGGCAGACGCUGGGACUUCACCUUCUCAUUAGUCAGGAUACACUGGACGAAAUAGAUGCUAAUGAAAAAGAUAAACCAUAUCGAAUGUUACUUCGCUGGAAAGGUACAACAGCUUCGACUACACUUUAUCAGGACCUCUACAACGCUUUGUGUCAUGAUAAAGUUGGACUUAACAACGUGGCCAAAGAAUUUUGCUGUAGGAAAACAACAUGACGCAUUUUACUACAGUGCGACUACUUGAAGUAGAAGGCACACCCAAAGAUGUUAUUCUAGAAGUAGAGACACAGAAAAUUCCUGGGCAUUGGAAGAAACUUGGGCGUUGGUUGUUGGAAAAUGGCGAGAACGCGUCAGAUGCAAUUGAUAAAGUGAACGGAAAAUACUCUGAGAAAACUUACAAAAUGUUGUUGAGAUGGAAAGAAACUGAAGGCUCAGGUGCAACGUCUUUCUUAAGUGAUUCCUUGUUUCAUCAUUAACUGAGUAAAUCGUCAAGGCCUAGUAGAAAAAUUCUGUUUAUAGGACCACGACUUACGAAUCCAUUGGAUUUAGAUUAUUUCUCACGUAUGUAUUCAGAAAGUCCUUGAAAAUUGUCUCGUUCGAUUAACUUGAGUAACUCAGAAAUUCUAUAGAAGUUACAAAAACGUGGCUUUAUCCUAUGUCCAGGGCUCCACUCUAACGGUAGCCAACAUGAGACUAAUAAUUCAAUUUUGACCAGUUGGCUUUGUAUUUUUACUAAUAGUUAUAUCAAGUGAAAAACUGUUAUUAUAACUGUGUUGGGAAUGCAACAUGAGAACAAAAUGCUAUAAGAAUGCUAGUGAACUCGAGAACAGAAAGCCGAAAGAAAAUUACAACAAGUAGAUAUUUCAAGUUUAUACGAUUUUGAUAAUCUCUUUCCUUUCCUAACAGUUUAAUUACGAGUUUCAAUUCCAGGUCUAGUGUUCUCGUGAGCUCUAAUAAAACAUACAACAUAAGUUUGGCUCAGGAACGAAAAAACAACACAACAAAUUAAAGCUGACAAGUAAAAAGUAUAUUGACUAGCAAAAUCUGGCAUGUCAUAAGUGAGUAGUGAGUAAUCUAGUAAAAGUUAUUCGCAGGCCGUUAACCUACGCUUACCACUAUCUGUUCUUUUAUAGAUAGUGAGUAGCCUAGCAGCGUGCGGUUGUUAACGAAA